CAUCCCUUCUUUACAUUCUCACACACAAUUUCAAAUCCCCCCUCUUUCACCUUCACUAAUAGCAAUGGCGCCAAAGGCCGCAGCUGGAAAGAAGCCAGUGGCAGAGAAAGCACCUGCAGAGAAGAAGCCCAAGGCUGAGAAAAAGCUACCAAAGGAGUCGUCCGCAUCAGCAACCGACAAAAAGAAGAAGAAACACAAGAAGUCGGUAGAGACGUACAAGAUCUACAUCUUCAAGGUUUUGAAGCAGGUUCAUCCGGAUAUCGGGAUCUCGAGCAAGGCCAUGGGGAUCAUGAACUCCUUCAUCAAUGAUAUUUUCGAGAAGCUUGCUCAGGAAGCGUCGAAACUUGCAAGGUACAACAAGAAGAAUACGCUGUCGUCGAGGGAGAUUCAGACUGCUGUGAGACUUGUACUCCCUGGUGAAUUGGCCAAACAUGCUGUUUCUGAGGGUACUAAGGCUGUUACCAAGUUUACUAGCGCCUAGACUACAGGGGGUUUGGUUUGUUGGGGUUAGGUUUUGUUUGGAUUGGUUUAUGAAACUUGAUUUUGGUAAUUUGAUGUAAAGCUAGUUUGUUUUGUUGAAAGGGUUAUGCAGUUAUCAAGAGAAUUGUUUGUUUUGAGUGGUUAUUACAUGCGUUGAUCUUUGAUUUAAA